AUGGCACAAGCAGAAGUUAACCUCGAGGCAGAUGUGGAAGCUGCGCCCGUUACAGCUGACGGUCAUGGAAUGUUUCCAAAAUCAGUGAUUGUUGAACGAAGCAAGAGAUGGGGCUUGUUUGGAUACCCUUGGAGAUACGGAUACGGAUACUAUGGAUACCCCUACGGAUACGGCUGUUACGGCUAUCCUUGUGGACCAUAUGGACCAUAUGGCUUUGGCGGCUUCUACGGCUAUCCAUGGUUGAAAUCCAAGGCCUAA